UCAAGGCCGCGAGAGGGAGUUCCGACGCCGGAGAGACGUGGGUCUCAUGGAGGAGCACGAGAUCCGUCGCGAUCUGGGGCUGGGUGGACCGGAUCUACAGCGUGAGGGGUUGUUCGACGACGGGAGGAGGGCGGAUGGAGGUCGCAACCGUCGGGAGAGGGCGGCGGAGCUUGUUCGGCGAUGGGAAUCGGAGAGAGGCUUGCUCCGGGGCUGGGACGGCAUGGGUACCCUCGGAACAGGGAACCCAUCCCUGUUUCGGUCGCGGUUGGGGCUGAUUCCGGACCGAUUUGUACCGGGCAUCGCGAUUCCGGCGUGAAAGGGGCUGAUUCCGGUGCUACGGAGACAGAUCCUGGCGCGACGGAGGCUGGGCUCGACGAUUUGGCUGCUGUUUGGAUAGGGCCUCACGAUUCCGGCGUGAAAGGGGUCGAUUCCGAUGCUACAAAGGCAGAUUCCGGCGGAAUUGUAGUGGAGUCUCGCAAUUCCGACUCGAUUAAGGCUGAUCCCGGUGAGAUUGGUGGUGUUUUCGAAAAUUCCAGCCAAAUUUGGAGCGGGUCUCAUGAUUCUGACGCUGUUGAGGGUGUUUCCGGCGAGGUUGGGGCUGAUUCCGGCCCGGUUUGGACUGGGCUUUGCAAUUCUGGUGUGAAAGGGGUUGGUUCCGGUGCCACGGAGGCAGAUUCUGACGGAAUUGGAGUGGGACCCAUGAAUUCCGACGCCCUUAAUGCUGGGUUUUGUGAUUUUGACGCCAUUGGGGCUAGCUCCGGGGAGAUGAUGGCCAGGACGUGGAAUUCCGAUGCGAAAUCCGGCGAUUUUAGGGCUGAAUUCCGAAAUUCUGUUCAGAAGUGGGCUGGGUCUAGUGUUUUCGGUAUGGGUAGAGCCAAUUUUGGGGUUGAGCCUUGUAAUUACAAUAUUAGUUGGCCUAAUUCUAGUGCUCGGGCAGUCAGGCCGCAAAACUUUAACAUGUUUGGGGCUGGGAAUGGUACGAUUGCAGCUGCGUAUGAAGAAAUUGGUGAGAGUGAAGUUAAAAGGUUGAUGUCCUGGUUGGCUAAGAAGGAAACUCCCGUAGUGAGGAUUGAUUUGUCAAUAUUUUUUGUGACCAUUGAUGAGCUUGCGCAGAGAGUUUCAAAUGAAUUGAUAGACGUUGUGGUCGCUUUCCAAGAUACAAAGAAGAUGGAGAAGAAAGUAAUUGAUUGGCUCCAAUUUGAAGACGUGACUAACGAGGACAACAUCAAUUUGGGGACUCCAAUAAAGGAACUAACGCAGCCUUUUGUUCUUAAUCAUUUAGAUGUUAUUUUUCAAUUUUAUUUCUUGAUUUUCACCUUGAGGACAAGGUAAUUCUUUGGGGCGGGGGUAAUGUUAGGAACCUAAUAUUUAGAAGUCUUUUUCAAUAGUCUUAAGGAGAGUAUAAAUAGGGGGUUUAGUUGCUAGGGAGGGGAAAAUCAGAUUUGUAGAGAGUGUCUAGUGCUGUGCACUAUUUUGGAGGUCAGGGGUCCUUGAAACCGCCCAUCUAUCUUGUAAUUUUUCAUUUUUAGUAUUGUUAAUGAACCAUAGAUUUUCGGGAUCCUAACAAUAUGUGUUUAUAUAGACCUAACUUGUGGUUUCUA